GGGCGCGGGGUGGGCCUGUGUGGCCCCUGGCUCCCCAUAACCUUGCUCAAGCCUAAGUCCCCAGAGCUCCCUGGGGAGAGGGUUCGGGUGACAGCCACCUCUCCUGUCUUGCCUGUCUCCAAACCAUCCUUCCCACAGCAGCUAGUCAUCCUGGAAAAUGCAUCUCUGAGCACACCUUUCUGCUCAAAACCUUUCGGUGGUCCAGGCGUCUUUGGCGUAAAAGCUAGGCACUUCGGUGUGAAUUUUCCAGCCCACCGGCCACAUUGCCACAAUUAGGCAACGGAAUUGCCACCCUUCCCUCCUGUUUAAAGCCUCAGCUCCUGUUUUCCUACUCUGUGACCCUCCCCUUCUGCAGCUGUCACACCCACUUCCUCCCUCUCUGCCUCGGCUAUGCCGGGGACCAAGGUGUUUGCCCGGGCCUCUCUCCCUUCCCAGCGGCUCUGGAGCGUCUACCCCGGGCCUUAGGGUACACAGCAGAGCCAGUGGGGACCUAAUCCUCGGGGGAGAGCGGCCAGGUGAGCCCAGAAAGGUGGAGCGGGGCGGGGGCGCUCUGGGCCCCACCCCGGGAUCCGGUGACGCCGGGGCUGGAAUUUGACACCGGACGACGGCGGGCAGCAGGCUGCUGAGGGAUGGAGUGGGGCUCGGCCCCCAGACACGGCCCGCAGGCUCCACCAGCAGCAAGUCCCUCGGGUCCCAGUCCCUGCUUCCACGGGGGCUCAGAGGCCCGCACCCGAGACGCUCCUGUCCCUCUUGUCGUUUGUUGGAGUUCGCGAGCCCUGCUGGCCUGCGGUAAUGUGAGGCUCCCGCUGCCGCUGCAGGGCACAGACUGGCUGCCAAGGCUGCACUUUUGGCUAAGAGAGGGGCUGCCAGGUGCACAGCCCUGGGCAUGAGCUGUGGGGAAAAGUCCAGCACUGGUCCCAGGAAGGGCGCCUAGAAGGAACACGGUGCAGGACCCCAGUGAGAUGGAACUUGGACUUGGAAGCCCUACUGUGCUGCCCCACCUCUCCUGGCCGAGGCGGCAGCCAGCCCUGUGGCCAACACUGGCCGCGCUAGCCCUCCUCAGCAGCGUCACGGAAUCCUCGCUGGGCCCUGAGCCCCGCAGUCCCGCCACCCACGAAGGCCCCGCGCCAGUGCUGGCGCCCCCCACCGGCCACCUGCCGGGUGGACGCCUGGCCCAUCUGUGCGGCGGAGGAACCCGCCGGCCACUUCCACAGCCUCCCCGGCCCGCACCCCCUCCCUCGUCCCCGUUCCUGUCCCUGCCCGCCUCGCCCCGCGGAGGCCGCACGGCGCGUGCAGGGGCCCGAGGCAGCCGCGAGCGGGCCACCGGGGCACGGGGCUGCCGCCUGCGCUCGCAGCUGGUGCCGGUGCGCGCACUGGGCCUGGGCCACAGCUCGGACGAGCUGGUGCGGUUCCGCUUCUGCAGCGGUUCCUGCCGUCGCGCGCGCUCCCCACACGACCUCAGCCUGGCCAGCUUGCUAGGCGCCCAGGCCCUUCGGCCGCCCCCAGGGUCCCGGCCGGUCACACAGCCCUGCUGCCGACCCACUCGUUAUGAAGCCGUCACCUUCAUGGACGUCAACAGCACCUGGAGGACCGUGGACCGCCUCUCAGCAACCGCCUGCGGCUGCCUAGGCUGAAAGCCUUAUCCAAGAGUUUGUGGACUGGGCUCCUGCUCAUGCAUCUUUCUGCGACCCUCCUGUGACCCUCCUGCACGGUCCGAUGGCUGGGGGGCCUCAGUCAGCGAUGGAAACCACAGAGCUGAGGUCCCAGCACGGUGGGUGACGGCCACAGCCCUGGAGUGGUGGAAGGGCUACUGGACUCACCAGCAGCUUCCAGGUGCUCAUCCUGGGGCCCUAGCCCUACAGACACCAGAGACCUCAGCUCUGAGACCUUAAAGCCCACCUCUCACAGACUCUGGGACUGGCCAGGCCUGGGGUCGGAGACGCCUCUAGAGAAUGCAGCAAUGGCCCAAGCCUUGGGUGGAUGGAAUUGGAGGAGUGGCAGAAAGUGCCCUUACUGGAGAUGGCCUUAUCCCCACCGAUGGGAGCUGGAUCCCUAUUUAUUAUUUCUAAAUUAUUUAUUUACUUCA